AUGACAACCUUCGCAUCCAGCAGGCCAUCCACUAUACCAACAACACCACAACCACGUCCCACCUCCGCCCGCCGCACCAAGAAAGACACCCCUCGAACAGAUAUCUGGACAUCACUCCUCCGCAGCACACGCCAGGCUCAGGCACGGUCGCGCACUCACAACCUCGAUCACAGAUCACUCCUGAUUCUGGGAGGCUCAGCUCCUGACCAGCGGAACUUUGUGGAGAACUAUGUCGCUCGUCCACCGCCGCCCACACCUCCAACCGCGAACCGACGUGAAGAGCCACGGAAGAAGGGUGAAGUGAGGUUGAGCAAUCGCUUUGCCUAUGGCUACGGGCAUGUGACGUUGUUCUCGCCGCCACAGGGUCAGGGGGGCUCAGUGUUGCUAGGCGGCGAGGCGGAGGAAGUAGCAAGGGUGGAAUGCCAUUGUUUUGCUGGGGCGGCAGAGAAGGGGUACGAAGGCGUAUUGCGGAAGGUGCUAGCGGCGAAGAGUCAUAGCCAGCAGUCCAGCGCGGAUAUUGAAGAGGAGAGGAUCACCGAGGGGGAGUCAGAAGGAAAAGAUGCAAGAAGACCGAGUGUCGCGAUCUUAAUGAGCUGGCAGAAACCCUGGGAGUUUCUUGACAUUCUCAAAAGAUGGCUGGUGCUGCUCUCACAAUCUUUACUGCCUGAGGGUGGGAGAAAGGACGAGAAUCCAAUGGAGGUUCUGAAGGAGUUUGGAGUUGGUGUGACUGUGGUGCUGCAGCAUGUCGAAGCUCAGGAGGUGCUGGAGCGGGAGAACUACAAGGACGACACUUUCGACUACAUCUCGCAGUGUCUGCGUACCUGCAUACUGCCACUGGGUGCAGGACUCGUCUACACACCUUCGACGCCACUUCCAUCGCAGCCUGGCGCGCCCUUGAGUGAAGUUCAAAAGGUCGUUUACGCAAGCCUGGGUCUCGAUGUCGCCUCACUGCAACCAAGAGCGGGCGUGCGGCCAGGGAGCUCAUCAGGCAUACAUCAAAAGACGAAGGAUGAUCUGCAGCCCCGGCACAACGUCGUUGACCGUAUGGCCAUCGUUGUUCCGAGCGGAUGGGACAGCGUUGGCAAGAUUCGACUCCUCUCUGAGACCUUUAGCCCGGAGAUCGUCAUGGAAGGAUGGGCAGCUAAUCUGGCAGCGGCGGUGUCAUCUUUCAACCCACCCUCGAUCGAGAAAGAGGAGCCAGUAAUACACACCGACGAAGCAAACACGUCAGAUGUGCUGGAAGCAACAGGCGGAGCGAUGGAAAUGUACUCGUCGCAGCCGUCACCCGACCCAUCUCCUGUUGAUGGUGAGCCUCCGAUGUCACCGUCAAAGAUGGCUGUUUCAGCAACUGCCACUUAUGAGCGCACGGUCCAAGAUCCGAAUGCCCACAAAGCAUCGAAAGCAGCUAAGCUUGAAGUGACAACGAAACCCGAGCAAGAGUUUCUGGCAGAGAUGCGCGCACAGCUGCAACAGUUUGAAGCACAUGAUGCGGAGCGGCAACGAAAGGAGGGUGGAAGUAGUGUGCAUAGCACAGCAGGCGCUCUGCAACAGACCCGAGAUGGUAGCGGCAGUGCGGGUACCAGUAGUGCGUUGAGCGAUCUAGGAGAUGUCAGCUUCAACGUGGGUGGCGUCAGCUACAACACUGUGUCUGCCGAAGCGGCCAUCGAGCGCCUGAAGAGACCUCAGCAUCCUUCCAGCUCGAGUGGAGGUACCGAGUCGCCGACAGUGUCGACCCCGAGGAGCGGCACACCAAGACCGCCAAAGCGAGAAGGGCGGGAAGGAACACCGGUCACGUCAGGGGGAAAGACGGAGCUUCAGACGGAGAAGUUGGAGGAGUACUUUGCGUCGUUGAUGAAGCGCAGUGGCGGUGGGAGUAAUAGCAGCACCCCCUCCAAGCCUCCCCCAUCGUCGUAG